GAAGGUGCGCUACUUGUUUCUAACCCCCCCACCUACCGCAAACGCACUUGUCGCAAAAUAAUGUAAAAUACAUUUUAUUAUUAUUAUUCAAUCGAAGGUUGGUGUUUGUGGCUAGUGUCGAUCGCUUGAAGUGUGCCUUGAUUAAUAAUAUUACUUAAUUGCAUAAGGAAGCAGGUGAAACAGGAACUGCAAUGGAGGGCGACUCUUCCGAGUUGGAGCUGCGUCGUCGGGAAUUACAGAGUCAACUUUCGAACGUUAACAUCAGGAAACAAAAUGCGAUCUGCGUCAGAAGGGCGUACAAGCGUUACGGCACUAAGAAGAAUCCAUUUGUGAUACUCGACGGUCUCAAUAUGACCGUGCCCAAGGGAACGAUAUACGGUUUAUUGGGCGCAAGCGGAUGCGGAAAAACCACGUUGCUCAGCUGCAUUGUCGGUCGCAAGCGUUUAAAUGCCGGCGAAAUAUGGGUCUUGGGCGGGACGCCCGGUUCGCGAGGUAGCGGCGUCCCAGGACCACGAAUAGGAUACAUGCCUCAGGAAAUCGCCCUGUACGGCGGGUUUUCCAUUAAAGAAACGCUGACGUACUUCGGUUGGAUCGCCGGUAUGACCGACGCGCAAAUCCAGAACCGUCUCGAGUUCCUCGUGAAAUUCCUAAUGCUGCCCGACGCCGAGUGCAUGGUAAAAAACUUAAGCGGCGGUCAGCAAAGAAGGGUAUCAUUAGCAUCGGCGCUCUUACACGAACCGGAAUUAUUAAUUUUAGACGAACCGACCGUCGGUGUCGAUCCGCUCUUGAGACAAAGCAUUUGGGAUCAUCUCGUCGAAAUUACGAGAACCGGACACACGACCGUAAUCAUCACCACGCAUUACAUCGACGAAACGCGACAGGCGCAUCUUAUAGGGUUAAUGCGCGGAGGAUACUUUCUAGCCGAAGAAUCUCCCGCAAAACUGCUAAGACAAUUCGAAGCAGACACGCUCGAGGAUGUCUUCCUGAAGCUUAGCGUAAUACAAAACAUGGGCCGUCAGCGUCGGUCGAGCAUAGCCCAAGCCGUCAGCAGCGUGGUGGGUGUUCCCAAUGGAGUUGUCAACGAGGCGGUCAUCGUAGACAGCGCGGGGGAAAAUAACGAAAUAUCCGGCGAGUUUGGCGAUAAUAUUUCUUUGAGUGCGAGAAGCACGAGUCGCCUUUCGCUCGCGAUAUCUGAGGAUCCUGGUGAUCUGUCCAUGUCCGUGGUACCCCCUGAAGACACGCCGCCCGCGAAAAUAUCAGACUACUUCGUCGUACUGAAAAGCAACCACAUGAAGGCGUUAGUUUGGAAAAACUUCCUUGGGAUGCUACGCAAUGUGGCGAUGAUGCUGUUUAUAACUCUACUACCGGUUGCCCAAAUAGUUCUAUUUUGCGCUUCGAUUGGACACGACCCCGUCUCUCUUCCAAUAGCAGUGAUUAACCACGAAUCGGAAAACAACUGCUCAACACCUCUACACUGUAACAGCACAAGACUGAGCUGCCACUACCUCAACUACCUAGCAAAAAAGGACUUGGUGCUGCACUAUUACACUUCGGAGCAGGAUGCCAAAGAAUCAGUCCGAAAAGGUGGCAUGUACGCUUCAAUUGCAAUCAAGCACAACUACUCAUUAGCAUUACAAGCUCGAAUGGUAGAUUUAAAAAAUUCGCACCCAUGGGACGUUCAGUCAUCCGAAAUUGACGUUUAUCGAGAUGUCUCAAGUAAAACGAUCGCGGAAUUUAUCAAAGCCUAUCUCUACGAUACCUUCCAAGAGUUUGCUCAAGACUAUUUGGAAGCGUGCGGCUACGACCGACAUCUACUCCAGUACCCAAUACGAAUGGAGAAGCCAAUUUACGGAUUGAGUUCGCCAAAUUUCACGGACUUCGCCACGCCGGGUAUCAUAUUAACAGUGAUAUUUUUCCUGGCCGUCGCGCUAACUUCGGGCGCAAUGCUGAUCGAACGUAACGAAGGAAGUUUGGAGCGAUCAUUGGUGAUCGGAAUUGGUGGAGUCGAGUUGCUAACCGCACAUGUGAUAUGCCAAUUUGUCAUUAUGGUCAUUCAGUCGAUCAUGGUCAUGGUGGUUGCGUUCGCCCUUUUUAAUAUGACGGUAACUGGAUCGCUGGUUCUUGUCACAAUUCUCACGUUCAUGACCGGCUUCUGCGGGAUGUGUUAUGGAUUCGUGGUAUCCUGCUUAUGCAGUGAUGAAAGAGCAGCGACCUACGUGGCCAUGGGCAGUUUUUUACCAACGGUGAUGCUCUGCGGAAUUAUUUGGCCUUCGGAAGCAAUGCAUUAUUUGUUGAGGACGUUCGCCAUAUUUUUACCACUCACAAAAGCAACCGAAAGCAUGAGAAAUAUAUUGCAAAGGGGGUGGGACUUUUACGAACCCGCAGUUUAUGUGGGUUUUAUCUCUAUAGGUACCUGGAUUGUCAUUUUUCUUACAAUAAGUGUUUUAUUUUUAAAGUUUAACAAGGGAUAACAGAUUACACACAGUAUUACUGUUAUUUAAAGUGAUAUAAUAAACUAUUUUACACUGUUAUGUAAUGUCUACCUAAUUUAUAAUUACAAGAUCACGGUGUUCAGUACGAAUUAGUGGAGAUUUGUUAAGCCAUUGAUUAUUGAAUAAGAACGUUUUGUACCUACCUACUUCGUAUGUUGAAAUUUAAAAAAAUUGAUACCA